GUAUGCAUGCCGGGUAUUAUAGUUCCUCUAGUGGGGCAAGGGGGUCGACCUUUCCUCCCUCACAUGACGGCCAAGAGAAUGCGGAAAAGAUUAGUAGCACGGAAGGAGUGGCAAUAGACAUGCUAGUUGUGGGAUAAGGACCCUGUCAGGACCUUAAGCCCCUCUUCCUGUCUUUCCAAGCCAAACCGUAAUGCAAAUGUUUUUCCUUCAAGCUGCAAGGCUUCUGUGGUACAACUGCGUGUAAAGAUUUGGCUUUCUGCCCAGAGACCGCUUGGCAGCUGUUGACUUGGUUGCAUGUAUUGCUUUCGCUACUCCUCGAGUGCAGAGCUCUUCCUUGGGAUCCCUAGUGCGUUUUAAACGCCUGAAGGUAGGGUGGGUUAGUCUCUUCCUGGUUACAAAUUCAGCGACAGUUAUACCUGCUGGAGGAAGUGAACAAUUAUUAAAUGUAAAUAUUGUGUGCUGAUUCCCCCACCCUUGCCUCUAGAUUUGAUGCUCUCUGGCUAGCACCUUAUAAAGCUUCGAAAGAUCCCUGAUUCUCAGAUACUUACUUCAGACGGAGAACCAAGAAGCCUCAAGUUCUGUGUCGUCUGUGCUUUGGAGGUUGUUUUUUGAAUGUGCAGAUUUUCUUCCUCCAUAGGGAAAAGUGAAGCAUCUUUUUCUCCCACGUGGCUGAUCCUUCCAAGAAACCGAGGAAAAGGCAGAGUGUGAGUUUGCCUUGCUGUUUUCAAAUCAUGGGCCAUCAUGACCAUAUGUUCAAAGUGCUGAUUAUUGGGGAUGCCGAGGUUGGGAAGACGUCACUGGUCCAGCGAUAUACCAAUGAUAGUUUCAACAAGUCCUACAAGACUACGGUAGGAGUGGAUUUUGCUCUGAAGGUGGUGCAGUGGUCAGAGUCUGAGACAGUGAGAUUACAGCUGUGGGACAUUGCAGGUCAAGAACGCUUUACGUCUAUGACUCGAAUGUAUUACAAAGGUGCAUCAGCCUGUGUUAUCAUGUUUGAUGUCACCAGUGUAGGCACAUUCACCAGCUGCCAGAUGUGGAAGCAGGAUUUGGACAGCAAACUGAAGCUACCGGAUGGAAGUCCAGUCCCUUGUCUGCUGCUGGCUAAUAAAUGUGACCUUCAUCCGUGGGCUGUGACCAGAGAAGAAAUCGAUCAGUUCAGUAAAGAGAAUGGCUUUACUGGAUGGACAGAAACAUCUGUCAAGGAAAACAAGAAUGUAAAUGAGUCAAUGAGUGUCCUCAUUGAGAAGAUGAUGGCGAUGACAGUGACGUUGCCGGGUGUCACAGACUUCUCUGUCUCAGGCCAUGGAGACUACAUCAAUCUUCAAGAUGUGUCCACACCCAACUGGGGGUGCUGCUAGUUGCACGUGUUUCUGCAUCUGAUCAGAAGUCAAGAGUGCCUUUGAAACAAAUACUGGUUUUUCUUAAAAAGCCGUACUGAAUGGCCUCUUGGCAUUUCUGUAAGCAGCAAUAGAACGGGAAGUCCUAGCAGAGAUUAUGGAAGCCACAGUCUUUGCUGCUUAUGGUGUGCACUUCUUCCAUUCCAUUUAGCAUUGCAAGUUGGGUUAACUUGGGAAGAUUCUUCUGCUUGUUGUAGCCUACUGCAGUUGUGGGAAAGUCUCCACCACAGUUGAUUGAAGGUGCCAUUGCAGGAAGAAUGGCCACAGGGAACUCCGAAAGCAAAGCCUGAGUAACCUGGCUGUGUUUAACCAGCAUGCCUGCUAAAUCUUCCUUCCCUCACACUUUGAAGCAGACUGCCUUUAAGUAUCCUCUGUGGACACAUGCUGUGACAUUCCUUGUGACACAGCUGCAGAACUCUCUUACCACAGCCCUUCUUGAGAUGCCAUAUUUGCCAUGAGAAGUCUUUUGCUGCUUUUGUGUGUGUGCUUUUUUACAAUGACUGCAUUUAAGCUGAAGGAAAGUACAAGGAGCUCUGGCCUUUUUUGUCCCUGCUUUUAUGUGGGAGAUACAAUUGUUAGGCCCUUUUCCUGAGGCCAUUUUCAGAGUGGACCAAGCAAUGAAUUGAAGCAAAAGCUGUAAACUGCUUUGCAUUGAUGCACCUUAUUAGAGCACCAGCAGUAUUCUUUGUUUUUAUAGUCCUUUCCCUGGUAGGAUCUAAUCUGCCUCUUUCAAAUUCUGAUGCAUUACUUCCCCUCAGAGGUCUUCGCGUGUGGGUGUAGAUAGCCAUCAUGUAGUGCUAUCUUGAAAGCCCGCCUACAGGCUUUAGUGAACUGAGGGGAAAAACACAGAAUAGGGGACACAGCACGACAGAAAUCCAAGAGUUAAAUCUUCCCUGUGUUUUUUUGAUACCAGGUAUUUCCUGCCCUUUUAAAAUAUGAUCAUAGCUGAUAGACUUUGUUUCUGUGGAAAAUAUAAAAUUGUAACGUUUUGAUUUUAACAAUUUGACUUGUUAGCUCAUAAUUCAGGAAGGUUAAAAUUACAACAUGGCAAGAUGUAUUGGGGGUGCUUGAAUUUUUAAUCUUCCUUUAAAAUAGUCAAGGCGGUGCCUGUGUAAUAGGUAAAAUAUUCCAUGGAUGAAUGUAUCCAUAUUUGGCAUAACUUUGAAAUUUCCUUGACGGUUUGAAUCAAAACAGAUUUGUUAAGGUCUAAAUAGAAAAAUCUAUUAAAGUCUGACACUAUUUGAA